GGGGAGGGGAGGGUGAUGGCUGUGGAUGUGACGGUCUGUUCUCUGCACACAGGUCGUGUCUCUUCUGCCGGAGGAUCUGCAGCCCGGACCGGACUUCCACGGCUGUUCCUGGGAGGUGGUGGUAGUCACGGCGCUGGUCGGGUGGCUGUCCAUUUUGGCGUUUUUCUGCAGAACUGUGCGAUGUAUCAAAAGCCGAUUUUACGCAGGCCGGGAGUCGAAGCUCGGGGAUCAGGUCACUGAAAUCCUGAACAGCAAAAGCGAAGUCUUAGAGAAACUGAGCAUCGUACAGAAACAGUAUGAUGAGGUCCAGCAGACCCUGCAGGAGUCCGGACAUCACAAGUUACUGGAGGAGAUCACCAAGCAGAAAGCUUUACAGGAAAAACUGCAGACAACUAACAGAGAAUUGGAGGAAAAUAUUGCCAGAUUUGAGCAGGAUCUAGAGGAAGAGAAACAGCGGGGGUCAGAGCUGGACGAUACGCUUUCUGAACUGAAUGAGAAAAUCAAAGCUUUGGAAGAUGGCUUCAAAAACGAGAAGUCUUUGAAAGAAGAGAUCCGCACAACUCAAAAAGUGUUUGAAAUCACCAAAGGGCGGCUGGAGUCAUCGGUGCGCGAUGCAGUGGAAGAGCAGGCUCACCUCCAGGAGAGCAUUAAACAGUUGUCGAAAGAGGCAGAGGGCUGGGAGGAAAGGUUCAGCGAGCUCUCGGAGAACUCCAGGAUGCUGAGCUCAUCGGUGCAGGCCAUGCAGGAAGACCUGAGCAACAGACAGGGCCAGGUCAAGUCUCUUAUUGACAGUUUGCUGAAAAUGAAGGAUUGGAGCUCGGAGGUGGAAGAAAUCAACAAAGAUGAGGAUGAGGAUGGCGUGCUUGGCGGUAUCAAGUGGGAUUUUGAAAAUGGGGAGCCUUUAGGAGAUCCUCAAAAACAAACUAUAAAGAAGCUAAUCUUUGCUGCAAAGCUGAAUGCAUCCCUGAGGAGCGUUGAAUCGGAGAAGAAGCAACUUUAUGAGAACCUCUCGGAUGAACUGAAGGCCAAAGAGCAUUUUUCAGAAUGUAUCACCAAUCUGCAGAACACAAACCAGUCUCUCGCUCUGGAGAAGAAGCAGCUGGAGGAGGAGGUGGAGAAGAUGAAGCAGAAGAUGAGCGUCAUGAUGGAGGGUGUACCAGGAAAACGAGAGAAAACUGCACAGGAAGCUGACCGUACAGGAGAAGGAGCGGCUACAGAAAGAGGCCAAGCUCAGCAAAGCCGAUGAGAAAGUGUGCAUGGCGGCCACCGAGCUCGUUACCGUCAAGACACGACUGACUGAACUGGAAGAGGAAACGGAGCGGACUGUCGCCUCCUACCAGACGCAGGUCACAUCAUAUGAAAAGAAAGCUCAUGAUAACUGGCUCACUGCAAGAGCGGCAGAAAGAUACUUGAGUGACGUGAAGAGGGAAACCUUACAUCUCCGACAGAAAUUAACAGAGGCGGAGUAUAAACUGGAACUCCUGGAGAAGGACCCCUUUGCGCUGGAUGUGAUCCAAGCCAUCGGGAGAGCUUACGCAGACGCCUUUAUUAACCACCCAGAGAGCUCGCCGUAUGGAUUGUCGCCAAUAAACCGCGUACCGGAGAGCCGGGCUUUCCUCUCCCCUCCCCCGCUUCUGGAAGGACCCCUCAGGCUCUCUCCCAUGCUCACUGCAGGCGAUAGAGGUAUGAGGCCUCCAGGAUAUUACCCCGGGUACCCCGGGCCCAAGGAGAGGAGUGACGUCAAUGCGGAUAGGAAAUCGGACCACCAGCGCACGUUGUCAGAUGCCGGCUCCUUAUCUCCACCAUGGGACAGAGAGCAGAAGAACAACGUCCCCCCACCAGGCUUGCCGUUUCCGGAGCAUCAUUUCCCACCCAGACGACCGGACCGAUUUUAUCAUUACCCGCCACCAUCCGGUCGAUUCUCCGGCCCCGCUGAACUGACCAGAAAUCAGGGCAAACCUUUCAUGGACUCGCAGGAUGGCCGAUCUUCUCCAGAAUUUAAAUCGAGAGGCAACACAAGCAGGGACGGGCCGGAAGAAGCCAAUAAUGUCCCUGGAGCCCCCACAACAGAAGGUGAAACGGUGGAUGGAGCACCCUCAGAGUACCCCAUGUACCCUCCCCCACCAAUGAGAGUGCCAUUAUUACCCAUGGAUCCUAGAGCACCUUUCUUUAGGAGACCUUUCCCUUUGCCCCCACCUCCGAUGGACAUGUAUGGACCUCCUGGCUACACGGGCCUUCCACCACCACCACCGCACAUUGCAAUGAGGGGUCCUCUACCACCGCAACACUUCCCUUCUUAUCCAAUGCCCUCCGAAGCCUUCUACCCCCCACAACACAUACAGCCUCCUCCCCGAGACGACCAUCCCACAGAGACGCAGCCUCCGUCCAGCGACUCCGCCUCCCACCACCUCCCCGAAACACAAACUUGA